AUGCGCGCAGUGUACAAGGUACCGGAGAUCGGGCUGCAUAAUAUGCAGCUCCAGAGGUUGGAUCCAAGCGCUCGGCGGCGUUCAAGGCACACGUGCGUUGAAGACUCUUCGACGUUGACGACCCGCCGCGCGACUGCAUCCACGCGCUCCUGCAGAUCUCCCGCACGUUGGUGGCACACGAUUCGCGCGUCGCUCGUCCGCCAGCUCGCGAUCAAGAAGAAGGCGACCAUCCGCCCGACCAAGCGUGCGUCGACAUCCUCCUCUUUGCGUCGCUCAAGUGACAGAUAUCCAAGCCGACCUUGCUGCACGUGCUCAUCGAAUGUCCACUCGGUCGUGUACACGAUGGAGCCAUGCAGAUGCUCGACCCGCUCAAGGUCCGUCGCCUCGUUGUCGUCAAGGGCUUGA